CGCUGUCUACUCGAACUACAUUUCCCAAGUAGCUUUUACCCCGUGUCUGUCACUAAGCAUGCGCAAGACGUUUUAGCGACGGCGAGGAAUAGAGGACCCCCCAGGCGUUCGCGCGUGUGUAUGGUUGAGUCGAUUGAACAACCCAAAAAAAAAAAAAAAAGUCCCGAGAAAACCUGGGAGACACUCCCAAAUUUUUAGUGAUUUAAAACAGCCAUAUGUGCAUAGGGCCACAUGGAAGCCAGAGCCAGACAUCUUUACCUCUAAGGUUGCUUGACAGACAAGUUUUACUUAUGUUUACUUGAGAAAUGGCAGAGAAAGACAAGUUUAAUGCACUUGACUGCUGAGCCAUAGGAAUUGAAACAAAGUGCAGGUAGAAGAGAGAACGCACUGAGGGCAGUUUAAAGAUUUAGCUUGAUAAUAAAAGACAGCCUCAGCUGUUUGUGUCAUAUCAUGUCUCAGUUUUUAUUCUACACAUUCCCAAAUUUAUAGCCAGGGAUUUGAUCAUUUUGUGCUUGUGUCACUGGAAACAUUUAUUUGUUGUACCUUUUCUUUCACAUGCCGUGUGGAAGAAGUCUAGUUUGCUUAAAUGGAGAAUUUCAGCGUCAAAAGGGCAAAUUGUAGAGGACGCCAUUACCUCAGCAUCAACUGCAAAAUAGCCUAGCCUAGCUCAGCUCAGCCCUGCUGGCCAGUCCGUGACUCCUCCUUCCCCUUCCCUCUUCUCCCACAUAGUGCCCCUCCACCCCUGUCUCUUUCAAGUGAGCUAUAAUGGCAUCGGUGCGCUUCACCGUGACGCCCACUAAGGCGGAGGACCUCCCAGGGGGGUCAGACCUGUCACCUGACAUCAGCCUGCGCUCCGGUUCCCGUGUGCGCUUUGAGUCAGACAGCGCCAACCGAAGUGACCCACUAAGCGAAGUUUCUGGAGGUGUGACGACGACUUCUGCAGGAGGAGGGGCUGACAGCCCGGAUCACAGCAGCAUAGACCAAGGUGAGGGAAAUUCGAAAACCUCCAGUGUGUACAUCAACAGCAAUCAUCAGGUGGACGAUGACGACUUCUACGACAAAAACCUGGCCUUGUUUGAGGAGGAGAUGGACACUCGGCCGAAGGUGUCCUCUCUCCUCAGCCGCCUGGUCAACUACACCAACCUGACUCAGGGGGCCAAAGAGCAUGAAGAGGCCGAGAGCAUCGGCGAGAAAAAGAAACCCAGCAAGUCGCCACAGAUGGGGACGCUGAUGGGCGUGUACCUUCCUUGUCUGCAGAACAUCUUCGGCGUCAUCUUGUUCCUGCGGUUGACCUGGGUGGUGGGAACUGCCGGCGUGCUGCAGGCCUUCUGUAUUGUUCUUAUGUGCUGUUGCUGUACAAUGUUGACCGCCAUAUCAAUGAGUGCAAUCGCAACCAAUGGAGUCGUACCAGCGGGAGGUUCCUACUUCAUGAUCAGCCGCUCUUUGGGUCCAGAGUUUGGGGGGGCGGUAGGCCUGUGCUUCUACUUGGGCACAACCUUCGCUGGAGCCAUGUACAUCCUGGGAGCUGUCGAGAUCCUUCUGAUGUACAUUGCACCCAGAGCAGCGAUCUUUGAAGGUGAAGGAGCAGCCAUGUUGAACAACAUGAGGAUAUACGGCUCCAUCUUUCUCCUCUUCAUGGCCUUGCUGGUUUUCGUGGGGGUCAAGUAUGUGAACAAACUGGCCUCUGUCUUCUUGGCCUGUGUCAUCAUCUCCAUUUUAUCCAUUUAUGUCGGAGCGCUGGUUUCUGCCUUCAGCGUGCCGGAUUUUCCCGUAUGCAUGCUGGGAAACAGAACUAUCAACGCCCAUGAUGUUGUUGACAACCACUGUAGUAAAACUGUCCUGGUUAAAGUUCCAGCUGAGAAAUUAGACAGCAACUUCACGAUUAACGAAAACAGCACAGUGGGCCCCACUUUUGACCCCAGCCAUGUCCCAGAGGUGAUGGUGGAGAAGACCACACAUCUUUGGAAGUUAUUUUGCCAUAACGCACAGCUCAACACCACCUGUGACGAAUACUUCACUUCAAACAACUUCUCUGAGAUUAAAGGGAUCCCCGGACUGACUAGUGGGGCCAUAUCAGAGAACCUGUGGAGUACAUACCUCCACAAAGGGGAUGUUUUGGAGAAAAGAUCCCUCCACACCUCUCAAGUUGCACACCCAGCCUCUGAUCGCUAUCCGUACGUGUUUGCUGACAUCACCACCUCCUUCACAGUGCUCGUGGGCAUCUUCUUCCCCUCGGUCACAGGAAUCAUGGCCGGCUCCAACCGGUCGGGGGAUUUAAAAGAUGCUCAGCGCUCCAUCCCCAUCGGAACCAUCCUCGCCAUCCUCACCACCUCUUUAGUCUAUCUGAGCAAUGUCGUGUUGUUUGGAGCCUGCAUCGAGGGGGUGGUCCUCAGAGACAAGUUUGGAGAUUCAGUUAAAGGCAAUCUGGUGGUGGGGACUUUGGCUUGGCCCUCGCCGUGGGUCAUUGUGAUCGGGUCCUUCUUCUCCACAUGUGGCGCGGGCCUCCAGUCUUUGACUGGCGCUCCACGACUCCUGCAGGCCAUCGCCAAAGACAACAUCAUCCCCUUCCUCCGGGUCUUUGGCCACGGGAAAGCUAACGGGGAACCUACGUGGGCUCUGCUGCUGACAGCUCUGAUAGCUGAGCUGGGGGUUCUCAUCGCAUCUCUGGACAUGGUGGCUCCUAUUCUGACAAUGUUCUUCCUUAUGUGUUACCUGUUUGUGAACCUGGCCUGUGCCCUUCAGACCCUCCUGAGGACACCCAACUGGAGGCCUCGCUUCUCAUACUACCACUGGAGCUUGUCCUUUCUGGGGAUGACUUUCUGCCUGGCGCUCAUGUUCAUAUCCUCUUGGUACUACGCAAUCGUUGCCAUGGUGAUUGCCGGGAUGAUCUACAAGUACAUUGAGUAUCAAGGGGCAGAGAAGGAGUGGGGAGAUGGGAUCCGUGGUCUGUCACUCAGCGCUGCCCGUUAUGCUCUGCUGAGGCUGGAAGAAGGACCACCGCAUACUAAAAACUGGAGGCCUCAGCUUUUGGUGUUACUAAAACUGGACGAAGACGCCCACGUCAAGUCUCCUCGGCUCCUGACGUUUGCCAGCCAGCUAAAGGCGGGAAAAGGCCUGACCAUUGUUGGCACUGUUGUCCCCGGGAACUACCUGCAGAGCUAUGGAGAGGCGCUCGCUGCUGAGCAGACUCUGAAGCACCUGAUGGAUAAGGAGCGCGUGAAGGGCUUCUGCCAGUGCAUCGUGGCUCAAAAGCCACGUGAUGGGAUCAGCCACAUGAUCCAGUCAAGUGGCCUGGGAGGAAUGAAACCCAACACUGUGGUGAUGGGCUGGCCUCACGCCUGGAGGCAAAGCGAGGACCCACAGUCCUGGAAGACCUUCAUCAACACAGUGCGGGUGACCACAGCGGCCCACCUUGCGCUUCUGGUGCCCAAAAACAUCUCCCUGUUCCCUAGCAACUCCGAGCCCUGCACAGAGGGCUACAUCGAUGUGUGGUGGAUCGUCCAUGACGGCGGGAUGCUGAUGCUUCUGCCUUUCCUCCUGCGACAACACAAGGUGUGGCGCAAGUGUUCAAUGCGAAUCUUCACAGUGGCCCAGAUGGAGGAUAAUUCCAUCCAGAUGAAGAAGGAUUUGUUAACCUUCACCUAUCAGCUACGCAUCGAUGCUGAGGUGGAAGUAGUGGAGAUGCACGACAGUGACAUCAGUGCAUAUACCUAUGAGAGGACGCUGAUGAUGGAGCAGAGGUGUCAGAUGCUCAGACAGAUGCGACUGUCUAAAUCUGAUCGGGACAGAGAGAGGGUACGCUGGAGUUUUGAUGAUGCGUAUCUUUCCCCCAGGUACAAAAGUCCUGGACCCUUCACGCCAAACACCUCCAGAGGAGACAGAGACAGACAGGCCCAGCUGGUGAAGGAUCGUAACUCCAUGCUGCGUCUGACGAGCAUCGGCUCAGACGACGAAGAUGACACAGACGGCGGCGAGCGAGACCGGGCGGCGAGCGGCAGCGGCGGCAGUACUGAGCACCACCGCCGCAUUCAGAUGACCUGGACCAAAGAGAAGACCACACAAUACAGAGCGACGCACUCGGGCUGCUCCACCCCCGAGGGCUUCAGGGACAUGCUGAGCAUCAGGCCGGACCACUCCAACGUCAGGCGAAUGCACACUGCCGUCAAACUCAACGAGGUCAUCGUCAACAGAUCCCACGACGCCCGGAUCGUCCUGCUCAACAUGCCUGGACCUCCCAGGAACACCGAAGGAGAUGAGAACUACAUGGAGUUCCUGGAGGUCCUGACAGAAGGAUUGGAGCGUGUGCUGUUGGUGAGAGGCGGAGGAAGUGAAGUCAUCACCAUCUACUCCUGAUUAGACAAACACAGGAAGCCAGCAUCAAGCAAGCAGCCAGUCGUGCAGGAGAGAGCAGAGUGAAGACGAUGGGAUCUGGGAACCUGAAAAAGAGCGAUUGUCGAUUGUCACACUUCCCUGUCGUGGCGCUGGUUUCCAUCCCACAUGCUGUCCAAGCUACAAAAAUGCCAACACAAUUCCAACAAGGAGCAGUGUGUGUGUGUGUGUGUGUGUGUGUGUGUGUGUGUGUGUGUGUGUGUGUUUAUGUUUGACUCACCCACCCGAGGGUCCUCUGACUCGAUGAGGAAGGGAGCACUGUGGUGUUAGGAGCGAUUGCGUUUGGAGGGGCGGACCACAGAGGCUAACGGUGAGAGGCUGCGGAGCGGCUGACCCGCUGAUGAGACUCAGGGUUGCUUUUUGUACAGAAUGUAAUUUGGAAGCAGACAGCAGUUUUCUGUCAGAAUCAAGUAUGGUUUUCUUUUUGUUGCUUCUCACAAACACAUCUGUUUACUCUUACCAGCGUAUCGGUACUCUUUAUUUUCAUAUCCAGGAGUAUUUGCACACAACUGACGAGAAUCUGCUUUAUUAAGACGCACUGACAAGGAUUUAUUUUUUGAUUUUCGCUGCUACUACUUAGAAUUUAGUCACAACAGCCUUUAACAUAAAAAUGUUGGGUGUUUAAAAUUCAGACAUCUUACCUCAAAAAUGAAUUUAUUCAUAUCAGAUGAAUAUUUUAAUAAAUACAGCAUAUUAAGACAGAAUUUCAGGCUAUAUAUAUAAAAUUUAAAUGGAUAAGUAGAAAUUCUGAUAAGGUCUAUUUUAUUGGCAUUCAGCAGGACUAUGUUGUGUAAAAAAUUGAUAACACCUGAGUUUUAUUUACAUUUUUAAAAAUCAAAUAAAAAUUCAAAGGUACUUUUUGUAAAUUCCUGUAUUUUAAAAAAUAGUUUGAAACAUCAAAAAUUAACUAAAGUGACAGCCACGCAGGCCUUGUGUUGCAGGGUCAGUGUAACCUUUAUUAAUUAUUACUAUUAUUAUUAUUAUUUCUUUUUACUGUGGCGCCAGGCCAAAGGCAAUGCACGUUGAGGAAGAGGGGGUGGGACUAAAAAUCAAAGCGGCACCUACCUGCAAACAUCCCACUGGUGAAGUGCUGCCCCCUGGUGGUAAGUUUUAGCUCAUUUUUGCAGAGGGUAAUUACAAGAAUUCCCCCUUCAGAACUUCCAUAAUUAGAAGAAAACCUGUCAGAGCUCAGUUUAAAAUCACAAGGUUUAUUCCGGAAACCCAUCAAACCUUGCUGAUACAGCAGUGUCCACUUCUUCUUUUUUUUUCUUUUUUUUUUUUUAAUUGCUUAAAGAGGAUUUCGGUCUUUUGCACCACAUUCAAGGUUCAAGGGUUCAACACAUUCACAGCUGUGGAUGUGACACCAAAAUGAAACCAGUGCAAAGGAAAUGGUCAGAGGUUUUCUCUCUGCUCUCUCGUUUUCUCUCAGGCCCACGCUGGACUGCACCUGAAUAGUUAGUAAGUUAUUCGACGUUAGCGUAGAGUUCAGUUUAGAGAUGGGGGGGGCUGGGGACAGUUUUUGGUUGUUGCCAUAACGACCUUGUAAAGGGAAACAGUAUUGUGGAGACACUGGACCAUCGUGGAGAGGACCACCACACUUCAUGUGUAUACAUUUUUGUGUGUGUGUGUGUGUGUGUGUGUGUGUGUGUGUGUGUGUGUGUGUGUGUGUGUGUGUGUGUGUGUGUGUGUGUGUGUGAGAGAGAGAGAGAGAGAAUGUGGGCUCACAAGCUACAAUGAGGAGCUCUGAACUGCAGGUGUUUGAUUCCACUCUAACGCUUUCUUUUUUCUUUUUUACAGUGUUACCGUGCAGGGUUGUUCUCUGUUCAUUGUUAUUUCCUAAACAUUGUUUUGUUUUGUUUUUUUCUUGCUUGUACAUAAAAAUGAAAAAUCCCAAGUUUUAUCUUUUUUUAAUU